AUGUCACAACAUCUCUUGUCCGGGUCACCCGAAGACGACGAUCAGCUGCCAUCAUUCAUCGAGCAGAAGCUCAAGUCGCUCGGAUCAGCCGCUUCGACGAGCGCAGGCACACCCGAAGGCAAAGACACACCGUCUCCUCGCCCCAACACCCAAGGCCACUCGCAUUCGCAUGCCCAUCAGGACUCGCACUCGCACUCGCAUGCCCACAACCACAACCACAGCCACUCGCAUCCGCACGCGCACUCGCCCAACGCCUCUCAGUCGCGCACCUGGUCGCUCGCCUCGAGCUCGUCGCUCGGCGUUCCCGGCUCAUCGCACGAUCGGCCGCCGUCCCGAUCCAUGUCGCGCACGCCUUCGCACGAAUACCGCGAGACGCUCGACGCCAAGAGCAAGGACCUCGAAGACGGAUCGAAAAUCAUCAACCAGUACAAGAUCACCGAGGUGAUCGGACGCGGCGCCUACGGAACCGUGCGCAAGGCCAUCCUCACCGACGACCCGAGCGUCCAGUUCGCCGUCAAGGAGUUUGGCAAGACGCGGCUGCGCAAGACGCAUCGCGCCGUCAGCCUGCGCAAGCCGCACCGCCGCAACCCCCUAGGCAUGGCCGACCGCAGCGAUCCGUCGCACGCCCAGGCCCAGGCCCAGGACGAGACCAAGGACCCGCUCACCCACAUCCGCCACGAGAUCGCCAUCCUCAAGAAGCUGCACCACCCACACGUCGUGCAGCUCUACGAGGUGCUCGACGACCCGAGCAAGGACAGCCUCUACAUGGUCUUUGAGUACUGUCCCGACGGCACCGUCAUCGACAUCAAGCUCAACCAGCGCGUCCAGCCGCUGCCCGAAGACGUGGCGCGCCUCUACUUUGUCCAGGUGCUCAUGGGCAUCGAGUAUCUGCACGAGAACGACAUUGUGCACCGCGACAUCAAGCCGGACAACAUCCUGUUGAGCAACGACCGCAAGACAUGCAAGAUCGUCGACUUUGGCGUGUCCGAGAUGUUCGUCAAGCCGGGCGACGACACCAUGCAGAAGUCGGCGGGCAGUCCGGCGUUCAUGAGCCCCGAGCUAUGCACUGCCGGGCAUGCCGAAUACCACGGCAAGUCGGACGACAUCUGGUCGUUCGGCGUGACGCUCUACUGCAUGUGCGUCGGCCACCUCCCCUUCCAGAAGGACAACUUUUACGAAAUGUACGAGGCGAUCAAGAACGACGAGCCCGAGCUCCCCGCACACCUCUCGUCCGAUCUCGCCGAUCUGCUGCGCCGCAUGCUCGCCAAGGAUCCCGAGCGCCGCAUCACGGUGCCCGAGAUGCGCCAGCACGCGUGGACGCAGCAGGUGGACGACGGCAUCCUGCUCUCCAAGGACGACAACCUCGAAAAGGUGGUGAGCGAGAUCACCGACGAGGACCUCGACUGCGCCAUCUGCAAGAUCACCAACAUCUUUACCUUCGCCCGCGCCAUCUCGCGCUUCAAGAAGGGCGGCUCCGUCAAUCGUGCGCGCCGGGAGGCUUCGCGCUCGACGUCCGGAAGCAGCAAUCCGGACAGCAGCUGGUUCCCGCCAUCCACGCCGAGUCCGGACAAGCCGAGCCGCGCCGCGACGCGCGAGACGAGCACGCACGACGACGAGCCCAGCGCCGACGUGGCGACAAUCAAGGAGGAGACGCCUACGCCGGGUGGGUAUGGCCAAGCGGAGCGCGAAGAGACGCCACGGGCCGAGACGAACGAUGCGGCCGAGGUGGAGCAGCUGCAGAGUGCGGCGGCGUGUAUGUUUGACUCGCCGCAGAUGCACACGUUUGAGCUGCCGCACCAAGAGCCCGAUGGCAACGGACCCUUGCAACGCAAUCGAUCCGGGCCCAUUGCAACGCUGCACCGCGAUGCAUCCGAUGCAGGGCCGCCCGAGAUCACCACCGAGUCUCCACGCUCUGCAUCGCCCGACAUCUUUUCCUCGCCCACCUCGACGCAGCUGCCCUCGUUCCAGCGCAGUGUGACUGACACGGACGAUGUUGCUGCGCAGAUGGCGAGUAUGGAUGUGCACGCCUACUCGAGUCCCGGCAAGGACGGCGAGGGCCCGCGGCACGCGCAGUCGGUGCAGGAGCGAGCUGCGUCGCUGGGGAAGAAACCGCACCACCCCAAACCCAAGCUGCUGCCGGACCAACCGACGUACAAAAGCCCGCGCAAUGAGACGCUCGACACCCCACCGGGCGCCAGCGAGCUCUACGCCCAGAGCAACCCGAGCCAAGACCAGAGUGCCCAUAGCGAGCUAGACGACAAUCCGUACUUUGCGGCGGCGAAAAAUGGGCGCGAGGAUAAAGAUAAGCCGUCGGCAACGUGCUAG